AUGAACCUCAGUCUUCCCGACCAGAACAUGCAUAGCUCCAGCGAAGGCUACCUAGAGGACGACAAACCUGAUGUCAUGUUGCCUUGCUUUCGUAGAAACAUGUGUGAUGAGCCUCUGGCCUCGUACUCAAAUGGAUCCAUCAUCUCUCAACUCCUCCGCAAGACCAUCCACAACAAGAGGGCACUAGAUGAAAGCCAUUUCUUCCUUUCCAGCUCCACUGCCGCUGACUCGGUUCAGGAGGACCAAAGCAGCGUCUCCUCAAAGGACAGCACAGCAGAAGCUUCUUCCCCUGGUGGCCAUGUCUCUACAGGGUGCAGCCCAGAGGGGGAACACCCCAUCACAGACCACCUGCAGGCAAAGAGGGCCAGAGUGGAGAACAUCAUCAGGGUCAUGGCGGGCUCCCCCAACAGCAGGCAGCACGGUGAUAGUGAGAGGUCUGACACCGAAGCCAGGGAGGCCCGAGAAGCGUACAGGGAGAACAAACGCAAACAGCGGUUGCCUCAGCACCAAGAACACAGCGUUGGAGGACCGGCAAGCAGAAGACCUGGAAGCAGCAACAGUGAUAGCUGCAACACCAAGGAUGAGGAGUGUCACAAGCUGAAAGAGCAGCUCCACAGCAUGCAAAGGCUCCUGCGUCAACUCCAGGAAAAGUUUCUUCAAGUGUAUAACCAGGAAGAUCCUGAACAUGAUGACCGAGAUGAGACAGCUGCAGCCAUUGAGUGUGACACCCUGGGGGAAAACACAGAGUCGCAUUACAUCAACACUGAAGAUGAUUUUGAGAGGAAGAAUACCAGAGUAACCUCAGAGUGUAAGGACAGAAUGAAAGUAGUUGGUUAUUUUGUGCACCAAAGAGAAAGUCAGAACCUGCAGGAAACCUUGAAACAUGAGCUCUCCAGGGCUGUGAAUGAUUGUGUGGACAGGGUGUUCAAGAAGGUUUCGUCACCAGGACUGGAUCUGUCCCCUCAGCAGCGCAUGUGCUCAUCCCCAGAAAUGCAGAUCAGCAUGGGUGCAGACAGGAAGAGCCAGCAGGCCAGCUCCAUCCAGGAACAGCCCCAGGCUGAGGAGGCUGCAGUUAAAUCCCGCUCUUUGGAGUAUUAUGAAAGCUCCGAGGCUCAAAGCUCACAGGACCAGACAGAGGCGCUGUCACUGGUGGUCCGCAAACCGACAGUGACCCCUCUGGGCUCAGUCACACCGACCGUGAAGAGGCCCUAUCCAGUCCACCAGACACCAUUUCAGUUCAGCUACAGCACCCCUCUGCACGAUAGCCAGAUCCUGGAGCACCUUCUCAAAUACGGGCCCCAUUCUAACUUUGGCGGUCUCCCAUGCAUGCCCCCAUCAAUGGACAGAACCUCCCCAGACUCAGUGGACCUGCCCUGGGACACCAUUGCAAUGAGGUCCAAAGUGACAUCCAGCCACCUCGGCCACCAUGCUCGUCCCUCCGCCUUGGGGCCAGUGACGGUUGACAAUCUGUGUCUCCCUCAUGUGAAGAUCGAGUGUGCUGAACUGCAGAGCAUGGCUGAACGAAACCCAUACAUGUCUCUCAACAUCCAGGAGGGUCUCACCCCGAGCCAUCUGAAGAAGGCAAAACUCAUGUUCUUCUACACCCGCUACCCCAGCUCCAACGUACUGAAAACCUUCUUCCCUGACGUCAAGUUCAAUCGCUGCAUCACCUCACAGCUCAUCAAGUGGUUCAGUAACUUCAGAGAGUUUUACUACAUCCAGAUGGAGAAGUUUGCCCGCCAGGCUAUUGUGGACGGCAUCAGUGAUGUCAAAGAUAUUACAGUCAGCAGGGACUCAGAGCUGUUCCGAGCACUCAACAUGCACUACAAUAAAGCCAAUGACUUCCAUGUGCCAGACAGAUUCCUGGAGGUGGCUGAAAUUACCUUACAUGAGUUUUACAAUGCCAUCUCUGCAACCAAAGAUUCAGAUCCCUCCUGGAAAAAGGCCAUAUACAAGGUGAUCUGUAAACUGGACAGCGACGUCCCAGAAGAGUUCAAGACAUCUUCCUAUUUAUAG